UUUUACUUUUUGUUGCUUUGGACCAGAUACCAGAACUCCUAAAUGGCUGAGGAGAUUUUAAUUCCAUCAUCGGGGAAAAUCACUUCGCAGCUGACUGGUUCUCUGCUAGCAGUGGCAUUCCUGACUUCAUUUGGGAGCUCUAUGUUGUACGGCUACAACCUGGCUGUGGUCAACUCCCCUGCUGCAUACAUAAAGAGUUUCUACAACAAAACUGUUUUGAGUCGUAAUGGGACAGGACUCAGUGGGGAGACCCUGACGCUCAUAUACUCUCUCACUGUGUCCGUCUUUGCUAUCGGAGGUCUGCUGGGCUCCCUCAUUGUCGGUAUGCUGGUUUCUCGCUUUGGCAGGAAGGGUACAGUGGUCAACACAACAGUGCUGGUGUUUAUGGCGGGCUCCCUCAUGGGCUUCAGUAGGAUUUGUGGUUCACCUGAAAUGGUCAUCAUUGGCCGCUUCAUCACAGGGAUACAUUCAGGGAUCUCUCUCAGUGUCGUACCGAUGUACCUCGGUGAGAUAGCACCAAAGAACCUGAGAGGAUUUCUGGGUCUUGUUCCGAGCAUCUUUAUAGGAACCGGGGUCUUUGCUGCCCAAAUCCUCGGCCUCCAUGAGCUCCUGGGAAAGGAGGAGUAUUGGCCUCUUUUUCUUUCGGUGGUGGUCGUACCAACGUUCAUCCAGCUGCUGCUGCUGCCGUGGUUCCCAGAGAGCCCGAGGUACUUGCUGAUUGAGAAGAAUAAUGUUCACGCCACAAUUACAGCUCUGAAAUGGUACAGAGCCAAGUGUGACAUCCAGGCCGAAAUUGAAGAGAUGCAGGAGGAACAGCGCUCCCUGUCCUCCGUAGAAAUGCUGUCGGUCUGGAGCCUGUUGCUGGACGAUUCGGUCCGGUGGCAAGUGUUGAGUGUGGUGGUUAUCAACAUUGGCAUGCAGCUGUCUGGGAUUGAUGCUAUCUGGUUCUAUACAAACGACAUAUUUAAGAACGCCGGCAUCCCAGUUCCAGAGAUCCAGUAUACGACAGCAGGGACAGGAAUCAUAGAGAUCAUCGCCGGGCUCAUUGGGUGUUUCACUAUAGAGAAGGUGGGAAGGCGGCAUCUCAUGAUUGGGGGCUUCACCAUGAUGGGGAUCUGCAGCGCUGGAAUCACAUUGGCCCUCGUUUUACAGGUGAAGUUACUGUUCAUGCGCUAUGUCAGCGUCUGUUGUGUGGUUGGCAUCAUUGCUGGCUUCUGCAUCGGUCCAGCUGGGGUUCCCUUCCUGAUCACAGCAGAGCUGUUCAAACAGUCCCAUCGUCCUGCAGCCUACAUCAUAGGAGGCUCCCUGAACUGGCUCUCCAAUUUCACCGUGGGCUUCGUCUUCCCCUUUCUCCAGAUGUCUGCCGGGUCCUAUUGCUACCUGGUGUUCGCCACGGUUUGCUUUUCGGUCGCCAUCUACGUUUACAUUGUAAUCCCGGAGACGAAGAACAAGACCUUCAUGGAGAUCAGCAGGAUGUUCUCCAAGAAGGAGUCGGUCCUGGAAACCCGGGGCCUGUUCCACGUCGACCAGCUGAAGCUGAAGAAGAUGAACGGAUACGGCGGGUUGGAGCACACGUCGCUGGAGUUCGACAGCUCCUCCUCUGUGCCUUGACUCAGGUUUAGGUUCUGUGAAGAAUUGAUUCUGCUCACCAGACCACCCAUCACUAGGCCUCCGUGGCCUUUCCCUUCUCUUCGGCACUUUGAUAUUCACAACUUCUGUUAAACUCUGGGCCCAAGGCCCAGUUCAGUUUGUCCGGUUCUGUUACGUGUGCUCGGUAACUUUCACGUUGUUCCUGUAUUUUGUCUUAGAUGCACCUCAGAUUGACGCUUUCACAUGUCAACACAACAACCACUGACUGGCAGGUCUGGAUGGAAGACUGUAAGCUUAUAUAACAGAGACAUUUAACAUUUUGAGACCCUGUUCAUCUUGUCAAACUCAAAUGUGUAUUUGCUGUAAAGUUAAAUUAGUCAUUAACAGUCCCUUGACCAAAACAAGAGGAGCUCCUCAGUUUUUAAUUCAUGUUGAUUUUCCUGACAUAAGAAAACUACGGAGGCCCCUAGGGUACAUGGAGGGUUUCUUUCUUCUUUUGCGUUUUCUCACAAUGAUCUACUGAUAAUUGAAUAAUGUAAGCCUUUCUUACAGUGGCCAUCAGACUUUUUGCUAUAAUAUAAGGCUUUCAUAAAGUUUUCCAUUAAUGUUAACAUCUGGUUGAGACAUAUCUGAAGUUUUAUAUCUUUUUCUUUAGGACAGAAAUGCAUCACAGACGUGAUGUAAACAGAAACUUUCUGUGAGAAGGGAAGAAAUAAAAAAAGAUAGAUCCAAACUAUUUGGACUAUUUCUGAGUUAUUAUAACUGAGUAUGAAAGUCUUCAGUUUGAUUGUGUCUCUUUGUGUCGGUCUGAAUGGUUUAAAAAGCCGUUUUCAUGUGCGAAUCCAUCUCAGCCUCACACACACAAACAUGCAGUGAAUAAAUCGAUUUUCAAUCAGUUUUGUGCAUCAAAGAGUUAAUAAACAGGUUUUCACUUCGGCUCUUUAAUGUGUAUGUAUUUGACAUUUGAAAUUGACAAUUGUCACUGUAUACAAAAUAGACCAGCUAAGCAUAUAACUAAGCAUAUUGCGAGGGAGAGCCAAUGUUUUGCAAGGUAGUGCAAAAGAAACAUUUCCCCCCUCGGGGUCUCCGUAGCAAACAACAGAGGGUUUGUUUUGUCUUUUAGUCCAUUUUGAUUGUGUUGGUAAAAAAAAGUGCUAAAAUGUAUUUCUAAAUGUAAUUAUACAUGAUCAUAGAUCUUGAACUGUUGAAAUGGAACAACCUGAAUUAAAUUUGUUGGUACUGUA